CUCGCCCGUAAGCGCUUUGCAUAGGCAACCGUUGCGUUACGUUACCAACUUUCGCCAACGAUAUUGUAUGCAUGCUGGUUUGUAAAUAUUAGCGAGGACGCGAGCAAUCAUCGAGACAACAGUUCCAGCAACACAAUUGGCAAACUCCUAGCGACACAGCUAUAAGAUGGGUGCUUCCGAGAGUAAGCCGCCGACCAAUCCGGUACUAGCAAGGAUAGAGCAGGAGGCUGUUCGCGCAGCUAUCCCCAAGGGCCUAAAGGAUGAACGUAGUCGGCAACUGGAGUACGAACUGAACUGGUGCUAUAACCGUAACAACUGGUUCUUCACAGCUGGCGGGUUAACAAUGGGUGUCAUACUCGGCUAUUCCAUGAAGUCCGUCCAACCUAUCGCCUGGGCCGCCAUCCUCGCGCCAGCUGGCGACUGGCUAUACGAGCAGCACGCGUGCCGGGAGCUGCACGACGCGUACGGCGAGCACCAGCGGCGACUCAAGCUGCAGGCGGCGGAGGCAGCGGAGCGGGCGCGAGCGGACGUGCGGGAGCACUUUGACGCCAUGCAGCAGGAACAGGAGCAGCAGCAGCAGCGGCAGCAGGAGGGGCAGCAGGGGCAGGG